AUGUGUCCCCCAGUCAGUGUUCGCCGUGCGGCCAAGGGCAUGUCGUCCCUCUAUCAAGCCUGGCUGUACCAUCUUGUCCAUGGAGAACAGAUGAAGAUCUGUUUCGCUUGCUUCAAGGCAGCUUUCCUGGUCGUUAAGAACAUGCUGGAGAUGGGAAACUGGGGAGGGGAAGUGUGGGAUGCUGAACCCGCGGCAGGAUCAGAGGCAGGAUCUGAGCCGGAGGAAUGGCCCGAGCUUAGCUUGGGAGGGGGCCAAGGUCAUCUGCCUCAUGGCAACUCUGCCUCUGCAGGUUCUGGGGCUGUGGCCCCCCCAGGCCUUGUAGGGGGGAUAGGGCUGGGACCCCAGCCUGUGCCCACUGAGCUGGGGCCUCAGGAAGCUGUACCCCUGGAUCUGGGUCCUGAGGAUGCUGAGUGGACCCAGGCCCUUCCCUGGAGAUUUGAAGGCCUUUCUCCCUGCUCCCACUGGCUCAUCCCUCCUCUGUCCUGGUGGGAUAUUUUCAAUGUAAGCCCGUCUCCGGGGCAACCUAUAUUGUUGGAGUUGAGCCCCACCUGGCCCAUGGACCCGGUGGAAGCAGAAGCUUGGUUGGUAGACCUGAAGUUUGUUUUCCUUUUGGGUGGCUUUGAUGCUAUCUGCUACAUGCUGUCAAUGUCUCCCUGCUGGGCUGUGAGAACCCGUGUCCAGCGCUGGCAGGUGUUGCUGGACCCCGGUGAGGUGAGAUUGGCCCAGCUGCAGAAUGCACCUGAACAGCAGGACCUGCGCCGCUGGAAACUGAGCAUCGUGGAGUCCUCAGAGCUGGGGGUGGAGCUGGUGCCUGCUGACUGCAGGCUGCGGAAGGGAGGCUUCAAGGUGCACUCUUACUUGCCCUGGCACAAUAGCACCCCAGAGGCCUGGAGCAGGGAGCCAGGGGAGAGGCUCCUUGUUGUAGAUGUUGUAUCUCUGAGGGAGUUGCCCUGCUUCCGUUCCCCCUCCCCUGAUCCACACGACUAA